GCCGGCCUGCCUGCCCACGAGCGAGCCGGGAACUUGCAACAAAAGCAUUAAGAAAAGAAUGGCAAGCAAUGAUGACCUCUUAAGAAAUCUACAGAAUAACUUGGAAGAACUGAACAGCCUCCGAUCCAGAUUCUUUGCAUCAACAAAACGUCCUCCAUCUAGAAGUUCAAAAUCAUUGCUUCGUGACCAACAGCAAUUGCCAACAGAGAAUAUGAACAUCCAGCCAUUCGCUCCUAGGAAGAGUGUCCGUCAUCGAAAUCCUUACUGGCCUGAUGAAGAAAUCCGAACAUUUAUUGAGAUCUGGGGUGAUGACCAAGUCCAAGCCUCACUGGCCACUAAUUUUCGCAAUGAGGCUCAGUAUGAGUGGAUCUCUGAUAGGAUGCGAGAAUAUGGCUAUGACCGGGAUAUGAAGCAGUGCCGUUUACGUGCCAAAGAACUUCGGCGAGGAUACAAGGCUAUUGUUUGUGGAAAUAAUUCCUCUGUGAGUGGUCAACGUGCCCUGCCCUUCUAUGAUGCCUUGAACAGUUUUCUGUGCAUGCACAAGGGCCUUGUGGUGUCCAAAGUUUCCCUCUCCAUAGAUCGGAGGAAUCGAGAAGCACAAAAACUGGGGCUGGAGCAGGAGAAGAGUGAGAAGCUAAGUGUUGUCCUUGUUUCUGAUGAUGACGACGCAUCCAUUCCAGAACCUACAGAUGAAUCCAAUGGCUAUUUUCAAGAUGCACGGAUGGAUUCCGAUUUGGUGAAUGCACAGUCUCCAAGUGAUGAGUGGGAACAUCAUGGAGAAGAUGGCAUUCUGGCAGGUGAUGUAGCUUCACCCCAUUUUCACAACAGUAGAGGGGAGAGCCAUUCUGCUAAUUCAGGCCCAUCCAGCUCUUUCCCCAGGGGAACCCUAAAUGAUGCUGACAGUAUGAGCAACCAUUGGAGUAGGAAGCAGAGGAAACAAGCUGAAGCUACCUCAGACAUUGUGGAUGCCAUAUCACAAGUGGGUGACAGACUAGUGAAUGCUCUGUCUGAUUUGCAUUCGAAACACAGGGAGACAUCCGAGCUUGCACAAACCAGGGAAAGUAAUGACCACAAGAAGGAGUUUGCCGUCCUGGCAAGCCAUGUGGACCAGGCUACAAAAAACAUAGAUAAACUUGUCUCUCUGAUGGAGACGUCUACCAGAAGAAUUGCAGAUGCCAUGGACAGGCAAACAGCUGCCUUGGAAAACCUGGCACAGUUGUUUGCCACUCGAGUACCUGCUCUUUCAGCGCCCUUAGUUUCCCAGGGACAUCCUACUCUUUCUUCUCCAAGUACCUCUGUACUGCUUCCAUCGCUGCCAACAGGGCUACACAAUUCCCUAAACUCUUUGGCACCAUGCCACUCUGGUGAUCCCAAGCCAUCAGGAUCUUCAGCUCACUCGGAGGCUGAGGAAUGUCAGCCCCAGGCAAAGAAAAUUAAAAAAGAAGAAGACUAGCAUAAUCUGUGCAGCAACCCCUCAGACUUGUGCAUUAGCUUUUAUGGGGUGAAAUUCAUGUUAUAAAAAAAACUCAGGAGGGGAGAAGUAAGGAAGGUGGAGCAUUUAACAGACCUCUUUUGUUAAUUGUUUUAAAGCUUUAUAUCUAGAUUUUAACACUGCUAUCCUAUAUGACCUGUUAUGUCAUGUAAUUUUAUGUAUACCUAGCUACCUAGCAAAAGCACUGAGAAAAUCCCUUUACUGAAUUGCAGUGAUGUCUUAACAGGACACCAGUAAGAAUGGCCAACACACGCUGAGACUGUGGUGCAAUGCAUAAUGUGCAUCAAUGUGUCCCUCAGUUUAUGGUGCACAUUAAGCACUGAUGUGCAUUGUGCAAUAUCCGACCCUUUGCUGACUCUGCUGCAUAGUAAUGUAGCAGCCCCCUACUAGAUAAGGACAUUGUGCAGCUGCACAAUUCUAAUUCCUGCAGACAUAAAUUCAUUUACAAAGACAUAAAGCGCAGUGAGUGGGUUUCAUGGGGGGAUUCUACUUUUACCCAGGAUUAUAUCAUCAUAAAGUUCACUGACAUUCCAUUACUUUAUUGUUUGUUACAUACUUUGCUGCUUAAUUAAGCAUUUUGAGCUGCAGUCCUAUGCAUACUUACUCGAAGAGUAUCAAGUCCCUUGACAUUUGUAGACUUUGCCUCUGACUGAACAUUACUGCCAUCACAUUGUCAGCAUAGAAUGGAUAUUAACUUGGGACAUGAAGGAUGUAGAGUCAGUAUCCCCUCUCAGGAACUCACUGGUGAAGUUGGCAAGGCUCCCUAGGCCAGAAUUAAUUUUAACUCCAAAUAUGUACUACUAAUGACCUCAAACAUUGAUUUUGACAAGUAAUAAUUGAAAUGAUUGUAAAUCAUUGUGCGUACUAAAUGGAUGCAAAAGAUAAAAGUAGAUAACCCCUUUUGAUGGGAAAGGGGUUUUCUAUAUAAAAAUAUAUUAUUAAAUCAAUAAGAUGGACCACUAAUAA